AUGCCACCCCCUCACCAAAACAACAACGAAGAAAACAACAACAACGAUGAUGAUGAUGAAUACUUCCUCCCGCUGGAAGACCAACGAGUCUUCGGCGCAGGGAUCCGUCGCAAGCGCGUGCCUUUCGUGCGCUCCUCGGAGCACCACCUCUCUACCACUGAUUCUACAACACACAUAUCCUCCGAACCAGCUACACCCGCCUCGACCGGGCAAAGCAUAGCGAAUAAAUACCUCUCGAUUGUCCUUUCGAAGUCGAAUCCCGCUACUCCGACACCGGAAUCAGAACCAAUUUCGCAUCCACAGAAAGAAGAUGAUGAUGAUGACAUCUGCCCCGUCUGCAAUCUCCCCUAUACUACACCUACCCACCACACAUCAGAAACAACAACAGACAAUGGAGAAGGAGAAGAAAGGAGCAGGAGGAGGAGGCAUAUACAUGAAGCUACCCUCCCGCACCAACUUAGUCUCCCGCACUCGCACCCACCGUCCCAUCUAGACCGCACACGUCCUGGACUGCGCUACUUGGCUGCCUACGGCUGGGAUCCUGAUUCGCGGGUGGGAUUGGGACCCCAGGGUCGAGAGGGAAUACGGGAGCCGGUGAAGGGCAAGGUGAAGGAGGAUACGGUGGGGUUGGGGGCUGUUGUUCCUGAGGUUAAGGAUAAGAGUGGGAGGGUACAGAAGAAGCAGAAGGCCAAGGUGUUGAAUGCGAAGGAGGUGAGGAGGGGGCAGCUGGAGGAGAGGAAGAAGGGGGAGAGGUUGCGGGAGUUGUUUUUUCGGGAUGAGGAUGUGUUGAGGUAUUUGGGUGGGAAAUGA